ACCAAUUAAGAUAAGAUGGGCCAUAGAUUAGGCCCAAGGUUAUUGGUCCAUCUCCUUAAUGGUGCUGACGGAGUCUCCCUCCACAGCUCCACUGCAGUGUUUGUGAGGCGCAGAGAAAGGAAUAGCAAAAGAGGAAGAAUGGGUGGCUUAUCGAAAUUGUAUCUCCUCUCUUACAACUCUCUUCAGGCAAUUGGCUGGGCUGUUUCGUCAUUUCAGAUUUUGUGCAACCUCCUAUCCACUUCUUCUGUCGCCGGAGCUUACUCCUCCGCUGGAAAAUUGAUAAGUUUUCUGCAAUGUGCUGCAUUCUUGGAAGUUAUACAUGGAGCCAUUGGGCUUGUGCCAAGUGGAGCAUUGCUUCCUCUCAUGCAAUGGGGAGGGAGGACACAUUUUCUGCUUGCUAUUGUUAGCAAACUUGAUGAGGUCCAGCAGUUACCUUCAGUUUUUAUCACCUUUUUCGCAUGGAGCAUAAGCGAGGUCAUUAGAUACUCACAUUAUGCUUUUAGCUGCAUUGGAAAUUGCCCUUAUUGGAUAACCUAUCUCAGGUACACUGCGUUUAUUGUGCUGUAUCCUUUAGGAGUAGGUCCUGGUGAAAUUUGGAUCAUGUACCGGGCACUUCCAAUUGUAAAGAAGAAGAACCUCUAUUCGGAAACCUUUUCAGGCCUCCCAUUUAGCUACUAUGAUUUCCUUAAGGUUGUACUUAUCAUUUAUCCAUUCCUUUGGCUCAAACUUUAUCUGCAUUUGUUCAAGCAGCGACGUUCAAAACUCUUUAAGUGCCAAGAUAAGAAAAGAGCGUGAGGAGCCAUUGAUCUUGGUUGUUAUUGACAUCUUGUUGAACUUCUGAAUUUGUAUUAUUACUUCCAUAUACUGAUAUACACACAUAGUUUAGUUUCAAUCAAGCUGAGAUAAUAACUUUCUUUAAUGGGGCCGCUGCAGACACUGAUUUGUAUUUGCAUAUACGAAUCUUUUCUGACUUACUGACAUUGUAAUUAUGCUAGCUAAUGCAGUUCUUGCAUGCUAGAGGAUGUGUAGUUCUGUAAACUCUGCUGAUUUCUACCUUUUGUGGAUUCAUAUUGAGUUAUUGACCUAUUCAAUAAAAUAGCUUAGAAAGUUAGCUUGUUCAAACUAGUUCACUCCUUUGGAAGAAUGUGUAUGUUGUUGCUUGUUAAACUACAGAUUUUAGUGUCAAGAUUAAUGGUUUUUAUCCAAUGAUUUUAGUAUCAAGAUUAAUGGUUUUUCUCUUUAAGUUGAUCAUAUGUAAAUAGUGUAGAGUUUAACUAAAAUGAUAUUUUCUUACAGAACAUUGCAAAGUAGUAAACAGGAAUCAACAUGUUGAGAAAAAGGAAAUAUUACAAGGUACAAACAAAAACAACAGAGAUCAAACAUCCAUAUAUGGGAAGCCAAACAAGCCAUCCACCACACUUUUUAAAAAA